AGUCCCUGCAUGAACAUGGACAUCGCAACAGUAAAUGCUCUCCCUUAUGAGGAUUUUGUGGAUAUUCUGGGCAAUGUGGUGGAGAAGUGUCCCAUAAUAACAGCUGCUGUGUGGUCGGGGCAUCCCUUCCUGAGCCUGGCUGCUUUGGAGGCUGCAAUCAGUGAAUUCAUCGAUGCUCUCCCAGAAUCAGGUAAAGAGGGGAUCCUCAGGUGUCACCCAGAUCUCGCGGGAAGAGACCUCCAGAGCGGCUCGUUGACCCGGGAGUCCCACGAGGAGCAGGCAGGGUCCGGGAUGGGUGCUCUGAACUCGGGGGAAGCCUCGCGCAUGGCCCGGCUCAACCAGGAGUACAAGGAGCGCUUCGGGUUCCCGUUUGUGAUCUGCGCCCGGAUGCACGACAAGGAGAACAUUUUACGACAGUUGUCCGCGCGGUGCCAGAACGAGCGAGCGGUGGAGAGGGCGCGCGGCAUCGAGGAGGUGAAGAAGAUAUGUCACCUUCGUCUGCAAAGCCUCGUGCUCACUGACAACAAGUUAUGAACUUUUACUGGAGUUUAUAUUGGAUUAGUGCCAGUGUGACCCGGAUGUAAAGACUGCCAUUGUUCCCACGCCUGAUAGGCUUUGUGAUAACUUUAUUCCAAAUGUGUGUUAAUCAUACUGUACAAUGAAUUCUUUAAACAAUAACAUAUAUGCAUCGUUGAUUCUAAUUUAUCAAUUUACAUUAUAUAACCUAUAUACAAGUGGAUAAUAUGGCAAAUACAGUCAUAUUACGCAUAUAUACAUUCAUAAACUCAAUGUAUAAACUCACAUGUUUGAGGUGUAACAUUUGAUUCGACCAUUUUACAGUUUGUGCAUGCUGAAUCCAUGCCUGUUGAAGGGGAAAUAAAUGUAGUCCUUGCAUGUGGUUGUCUCAGCAUGCACCGUGGUUCCCAAAACUGAAAGGAAUGUCCAUUGAUAGACCAAAAGGAGGUGAAGUUAAGGGGUCCGGAAAAAUUGGCACUUAAUUGAAAUGACUUUACUCGAAUUGAGACUUUAAGGCUUCACUCUCAAUUAUGAAUAUAGUAUUCCUAAAAAUAUAAAAACCUCUCAAAUUCUUGUUAGGUUUACAUUGAAACACACUCAGAUGUCCCAGUAGGUUAAGUCUUUUAGGCUUUACUCUCAUUUGGGAUUCUUAUAUUCCUAAAAUCAAAUUGCAUACCUAAAAAUCUGUAUUUGAAGACUUCCAUU